GAAAGGUUCUUUUAUUUUCUAUUUUAAUAAAAUUUAAAACAAAAUAUCAACGAAAAAACCGAAAUUGGCGGGGGAGGAAGAUCUGUAAAAAUCGGCCAUCUUUUUCGGAUAAAAAAGGAGAAGGGAAAGAAAUGGCAAGAGCAGGAGGGAUAACGAACGCCGUAAACGUAGGGAUAGCUGUGCAAGCCGAUUGGGAGAAUCGCGAAUUCAUCUCUCACAUUUCCCUCAAUGUUCGUCGCCUCUUCGAAUUUCUCCUACAAUUCGAGGCUACCACGAAGAGAAAAUUGGCAUCAUUGAACGAGAAACUGGAUACCCUGGAACGCCGUUUGGAGCUUCUUGAAGUUCAAGUUGGAACUGCUUCCGCUAACCCUUCUCUUUUCAGGUUUUCACCGUCCGCUUGAAGCUCGGCACCAACAAGCAUAAAGCAAAUAAUAUUCGGAUAAAACUUAGACAAAGGAAAUGAAUUAUUGUUAUUGUGAUAUACUAUAAUUCAAAUACAGUGGUUUUAGAUAACAAUAAAACCGUAAGUUUUAUCAUUCAUGAAAGCUAUACAUGAAUGUAUAUUUGAUUCAGCUAACUCGGUCAGAUGUAGGUAAUUCUAAUGCUCAAACCAAUUAAAAUAAAACUGUCAAUUUCCACAAACGUGUAAAGACAAUUAUGAUGAGUUGUAAUCCUUUUUAGCAGAAUUAAAAGCUAUGUUUUAUAGAUUGGAGGAUUGGGAUCUCCCUCAGAUCAGAUGUAGUGUUUCUACAUGGUCAAAUAUAUCCUGCUCAAACACAACAUUGUUGAACCAGUUACCAUCACAGUUUUAGUAAAAAAAAUUUCUUUUUUUCUUUGAAAUCAGCCACAUCCUGAAGUUUCAUGGAAGACAGGAGAAUAUUUAUAUCAGUUGUUACAGCUAACAUUAUUAGUUUAAAACCAU